AAACGUAUAAAAUCGAACAAAUAAAUGCUUCCAGAAUUAAAGCGCGCCUCCUGUGCGAGUUUUUUCCUUUCUGCAGCGAUGGAGUUCUCCGCCAGUAGAACUUCUGUCGCCGUAUUUUACUUUCUGGUUGCGAUCUCCGUCGUCUCGUGCUCCGGUCAAGUGAAGGAAAUCAAAGGAGGUGACGUAAAAAAUCGUCAAGUAGUGAAUGCCACUCCUAUUGUGAUUGGAGAGUCUGUUCCAUCUAAAGAUGUUGUCAGGUGUGCACGGGUCACUGUCUCUGGUCUAUCGAGACAAAAACUUGGGUAUUAUUCUAGUGCCCACAGGGUCACCUUGCUCCCAUCAGAUGAAAUUCAGGAGAAAUCAUGCAAGAAAAUCCAGAUUUGUUUACACAGCAAUUCUUCACUUGGAAUGUGCCAAUGUCAGAAUGAUAACUGGGACAGCAUGCAGAGUGGGAUAUGGAGCUCUACAAUUUCCCCUUAUGGAGACAGAUAUAUCGAUGUGAAAUUUGUCAAUAACUUGUCUGGUUCAGUGACUGUCAAUAUUGAUUUAGAAUUUCACAGAUGGCGGUUACUCUGUCUGGCUAUUGGUCUUGUUCUAUUGCUGCUGGCACCAAUCGUUAGUAGCUGGGUUCCUUUUUACUACAGCAGCUCGAUGGCCAUUGGAGUUUGUCUUGUUGUGAUAAUCAUUCUAUUCCAGGGAAUGAAACUGUUGCCAACUGGCAGGAAAAAUGCUCUCUAUAGCACAAUAUGUGGGUUGGCGCUUGGAGCAGGUUCCUUUUUACUAAAUCGAUUCUCGAUGUUCAUCAACUCGACUCUUGUCAAUUUCGGCAUCAGCCAGGAGCUGCACAACCCUAUGCUUGUAUUCUUGCUAGUUGCAAUAGUACUUGCUGGCGCAGGUUUUGGAUACUGGCUUGUUCGAAAAUUUGUUGUUGCUGAAGAUGGAAAUGUGGAUAUUGGAGUAGCCCAAUUCGUGAAAUGGGCUUUACGCGUAAUUGCUGUGACUUUUAUCUUCCAGAGUACGCUUGAUAUUCCUUUGGCAGUGGCACUAUUGGUUUCUCUUGUGGGGAUUUACUUUUCUCUCACUUCUCUGAAGAGGCAUGGACUUUGGAAUUUUCCGUAUUCUGGAGAUAGGCAGAGCCAUGCAAGAGCUAACAAGAAUAAGCGUGCUGAGUUCUUAAGUAGGUCAAAAAUUACGCCUCCUACUCGAGGAAGUCUUUGGAAAAGCCCCAAGCGUCCACCUACGUGGUCAAACUCUCCUGUCAAAGGUGUUGUGACGGCAACAUCUACUCCCAGGAGUAGAAGAACAAAUUCGACAGACUAUGUAUCAACCUUCCACAAAACCCCCAAUAGAAAGAGAUAUUCGGAGGAAGAGUGGAAGGAUUUCACAGAGGAAUCAACUCGUCAGGCAGUUGCUGAGCUGGCAUCGUCUCCAGAAUUCACCGAUUGGAUUGUCAAACAUGCUGACCGAAUACAGCUCCAACCAGAAGUAACUUCUGAUGAAUCCAUCGGAAGCGGUUCUGAAUCAAUGGACGAAAAUGUUGCAGAGAGUAGCAGUGGAAGACGAGGUUUAUUUUGGUAGACCAUACUAUACUAACUCCCCCUCACUCUUCUACUUCUUCCUCUGAUCAUCGUUUUGGAACGUUUGUUUUUUCGUCUUUUUCCCGUUUCUUCCAGCAAAAGGGUGUGUAUAUAUGAUAGAAAUUGUUGUACAACGUAGUUUGGAUUGAUUAAAAUAUAGCAGCUCGUUUUCUUUUCCUAGUGUUGUUAUCGAAACAAAUGUAGUAAAAGUUUACGGUAAUACAAUGUGUUGUAGUACUACUAACAGUAUGUUUGAGCAGUACAUUUUCUUUUUACCAUU